UUGUUUUUACCAUGCUGAAUAUGUACAACUUGCUAGAAUUAUGCUUCGAUUACACUCCUUCAUCAUCACCAUUGCUCCAUUUAUGGAACGCCAUGGGUUUUCAAUGCCUUGGUUCUUGAAGAGGAUUGCCUUUUGGUUCUUGAGUUUGAUUGUUUGUGAUCAGCUUUUAAUUUGAGAUGUUAAUUGGUUCACCUUACUUCCAUGUAUAUUGUCUGCAAACGGUUCUCUUCGUCUAUAUAUAUUGGUUCUCUGGUUUUAGUAGCUGGAAAAAAUUUUUCUAUGUGGUGAUCUUCCAGUGGUUGAUGGCCUUAUUCUGCAGCCUGGUUCAAGCUUUUGUUCUCUCUGCUUUUGCUUGUGUCUUGCUUUCCUCCCAGUUUCUUUCUUUGCAAUGUGUGAAAAAUUGAAACUGCAAGAGAAAUAUAACUGGAGUUUAUCCUAACAAGUUUGAUUGAAUUAAUCAAGUUUAGUACCAAAAACUAACAUGACCAUGUGCCUGCCGAAGAGGCCUGAUUGUUUUGCAGGAGCUCUUAGUUUAAAUCCUUCAAGCGACAUGAUCAGAAUUAAAGCAAUAAAUCAUUCUAGUCACCAGCAGCAUGAUCUUCAUUUGGUCCAGUCUGAUUUCUUUUACAUAUGCAAUGGAUGCGGAGCUUCAGGGUCAGUGCCUUCACAAAAGCCUACAUGCAAUGCCUGCCGGAAGAUUGUAUACGGGCCAAAUUACUACCGCUGCAAUCACUGCAAUAGGAAUUUACACCUAUCUUGUGCAAGGCUCCCAAGGACCAUAGCUGCCAGUAAUGGGAUGAACAUGACACUUAAAAAUGAGUAUCAGCCUAGAUGUUUAUACCCAAUGUGCCCAAACACCAAUUCUGGUUGGUCCUAUUUCUCUGCCAAUGAGCACUACAGUUAUCAUGCUGGUUGCUGGAAAGACCAGAUGCUGAAAAAUGCCAAUCCCCGAGCUCAGAGGAAUGGACUCCUUCCUUUGUGGAACAAUGUCACUCGCCCUCAUCGUCUUCAUUGAUCAAUUUUUUUUUUCCUCAAAGCUUGGUUGCUUCUAGAUUUGGUCAUUGAUACCCGAUGUCUUUGUUUUCUGUUCAGUUUGAGUUGUUUCUAUUUAAAUGCCUCUCGAGAUUAAACUAUAAAUGUUGGUACAUGUUCCAAGUUCUGUGACUUAAGGCAGAGGGUGUAGGCAUUUAAUUCAAUUAAAAUAUAAAGAUUUUUCUUUUUCUUUUUA